AUGGGCCACAACGUCUCGUCCGUGCACGGCGUCAAAUCUUCCGACAUCUACGCUCCAGGAAACGCUGUCAACGAAAUCUGGGUAGAUAACGUCGAACUCAUCUCUCGCCUGCCCUUUGGCGACUCCGAUUUGGGACAAGCCGGCUGGCCUCCUGAUGACUGGCCGAAGAUACCUUGGCAUCAAUUCAUCAUUCCAUUGAAACGAAACCUCGGAGCUCUCCAAAACCAUACCACUGCCAUGGAGACCAACGUGGUAGUAACCUGCGCCAUUAACAUGGUCACGAAGGAGGUAGUAAACUGCACCACUACCAUUGACACCAGAGAGACAACGCGCUGCGUCACACCUUUGAUCUUUGGCGUUGAUAGUGCAUGGGCCUCUUUGCUCUUUUUGUUCAGUGUUGUGUUGAUUGAGUUCGGUUUCUUCCUACUCUUUUUAAUUGCUGUCAUGGUCGUGGAUGGGCUUCGAACCCUCAGAAUUUGGACCGACUGUCCUCUUCGGAUCAUUCCCAAGCUUUAUCAACCGCAGAACGUGAUGAUAUGGGCACGGCAUUCUUUCAAACUUUCCUUCUAUUACCUCCUAUUUGCCAUCUUUUCGAUGAGCUUCGGGUUUCCGAUGGCCACCUCAGCAGCACCCUGCCUCCAUCCGUUCGAAGUUUUUCGCAAAACCAUGGAAAUGCAGGGGUCGUUGACGUUCCUAAUCAUCACAAUUCCUUUGAUUUAUCUGGGUUACUCUCUGUGGGAGGCUGUUAAACGAAGAGAUGGAGACGAGCAAGAUCAGGCGGCCGAAACCUGGCUCGCCCAAUGUCCAGUCAACCAACCAAACAUUCCUGCUCCGUCCCCCCAUCAAUCAACAAGUGCUUCAGCGGACGUUGAAAAGGCCAUGGAAUCGAAUUUCCUCGGAUCACAACCUUUCUAA